GCUCACCAGCUACAUCUUGGUGGAACGGGAAGAGCAACUUCAAUUGUCUUCGGUUUUUCCAAAAGCUCCCGUUCAGCACCAGUGCAGCGUGCAGCUGGCCUAAUGAAAAGACUUGAAAAAUGGCACCAGAUGCUCCGAGAGAAGCAGGAGUAUGGAGGCAAACCAGAGCUCUCUUGUUCAAGAACUGGCUUGUUAAAUGUAGGACAAAAAAAAGCAGCGUUCAGGAGAUCCUUUUCCCACUCUUCUUCUUGUUUUGGCUCAUUCUAAUGAGCAUGAUGCAUCCGCACAGGAAGUACGGCGAGAUCUCCGACACCAACCUCGGUACUCUGGACACCUCCAUGCUGGUGAAUUUUGUCGUCGGAUACACGCCGCCCACCAGAAUGGCACGAGAAAUCAUGAAGAAGGUGGCUUUUGAUAACUUCGAAGACGGCAUCAUCACGGAGGAAUAUUUAAGCGAAGAGGAGCUGCAAGAGGCCAGUGCUUUCAAACCCUCGAACUUUGUGGGCGUCGUGUUCAACGAUGCCAUGUCCUACCAGCUGAGGUUUCCCGAUACGGUGGCUAUGACUUCUGUGUACACGGAAUCGAGAGCCAGUUGCUCCAACCUGCGGAAGGGUUGUGAAUCGGUGACGUACUGGAGCUCGGGAUUUACAGCUCUGCAAGCCUGCAUUGAUGCGGCAAUUAUACAGUUGAGGACCAAUCAAUCUGUUUGGGAGCAGCUCGAACUGACAAGAGCAACGGUUAUGGGAGAGGCAGCAGUGGUGGAAAUCGACAACUUUCCUCGCGCCAUCAUUUUAAUUUACCUAGUAAUUGCUUUCUCACCAUUUGGAUAUUAUUUGGCAAUUCAUAUAGUGGCAGAAAAGGAGAGGAAGUUAAAGGAAUUCUUAAAAAUAUUGGGACUUCAUGAUACUGCCUUUUGGCUUUCCUGGGUGCUUCUGUACACGAGUCUGAUCUUCGUCAUGUCCAUUCUCAUGGCGGUGAUUGCAACGGCCUCCUCGCUCUUUCCCCAGAGCAGCGCCUUUGUGAUAUUUCUCCUUUUUUUCUUGUAUGGCAUCUCUUCAGUAUUCUUUGCACUUAUGUUGACACCUCUAUUUAAAAAGUCAAAGCACGUGGGUAUAGUUGAGUUCUUGGCCACGCUGGCUUUUGGAUUUGUGGGCCUGAAUAUCGUCCUGCUGGAAGACUUCCCCAAGUCUUUUGUGUGGGUUCUCAGCCCCCUGUGCCAGUGCAGCUUCUUGAUUGGUGUCGCACAGGUCAUGCAUCUGGAAGAUUAUGAAGAUGGUGCAACAUUCUCAAAUCUAAGUUAUGGUCCUUACCCACUCUUUAUCUCACUUAUUUUACUGGUGCUGGAUAGCAUAUUUUAUCUGCUUGUAGCUGUCUACCUUGAUCAGGUUAUUCCAGGGGAGUUUGGACUACGCCGAUCAUCAUUUUUCUUUAUGAAGCCCUCGUUCUGGUCAAAGCACAGAAAAAAUUACAAGGAACUGUAUGAGAGCAGCAUCAAUGGCAAUUUAAGUUGCAGUGAGAUGGUUGAACCUGUGCCUUCCGAAUUUCAGGGAAAGGAAGCCAUCAGAAUCAGCUGUGUUCAGAAAACAUUCAGGAAAAAAGGGGAAACUGUGGAGGCUCUCAGAAACUUGUCCUUUGACAUCUACGAAGGCCAGAUCACGGCUCUGCUCGGGCACAGUGGGACCGGGAAGACGACGCUGAUGAACAUCCUCUGUGGGCUGUGUCCGCCGACAGAUGGGUUUGUCUCUGUCUAUGGGCACCGAGUCUCUGAAAUUGAUGAAAUGCUUGAAGUGCGGCGAAUAGCAGGCGUGUGCCCCCAGUCUGAUAUCCACUUUGACAUACUAACCGUGGAGGAGAAUCUCUCCCUGUUUGCUGCGAUUAAGGGAAUACCUCAGAAUGACUUGAUACAAGAGGUGCAGAAGGUGUUGUUGGAUCUGGAUAUGCAGCCUAUCAAAGACAAUCAAGCUAAGAAGUUAAGUGGGGGACAGAAAAGGCGGCUCUCGGUUGGAGUUGCUGUCCUUGGGAACCCAAAGGUUUUGCUGCUGGAUGAGCCAACUGCAGGCAUGGAUCCGUGUUCGCGGCACAUCGUCUGGAACCUCCUGAAAAACAGAAAAGCGAAUCGCGUGACAGUUUUCAGCACUCACUUCAUGGACGAGGCAGAUAUCCUUGCUGAUCGUAAAGCUGUGAUUUCUCAAGGGAUGUUAAAAUGCCUUGGAUCUUCUCUCUUUCUGAAAACGAAAUGGGGAAUUGGCUACCGCUUGAGCAUGCACAUCGAUGCCUAUUGCAACACAGAAGCUACAACCUCGCUGAUCAGACAGCACGUACCCACAGCCAGCCUGCUCCAAGAGACCGACCAGCAGCUCGUGUACACCCUGCCUCUCAAGGACAUGGACAAGUUUGCAGGCUUGUUUUCUGAUCUCGACACCCAUUCCCAUUUGGGCGUUAUUACUUACGGUGUUUCCAUGACGACUCUGGAGGAUGUCUACCUGAAGCUGGAAGUUGAGGCAGAAAUCGAUCAAGCAGAUUACAGCGUGUUUAGUUCCCAGCAAGUGCAGGAGGAGGCAGACACAAAGUCACUCGACGACAUGGAGCAGAGCCUCCUGAUGCUCUCGGAGACCAGGUCGCCCCCGAUGAGCCACGCAGCCCUCUGGAAGAAGCAGGUUUCCACCAUAGCGAAAGUUCACUUCCUUAGUCUCAGGCGAGAAAAUAAAUGUGUCAGAGUGAUGUUGUUGCUUUUUCUGAUUUUCCUUGUAGUUCAGAUUUUGUUGUUUCUCACGCACCACUACAUCAAAAAUUCAAUAGCUCCUGUCAGACUCUCCCCGGAUUUGUACUUGCUGAAGCCCGGGGAGGAAUAUCACAAGUACAGGAGUAGGCUGCUGCUGCAGAACUCCACAGACUCAGAUAUUGAUGAUAUUGUUCACUCUCUUGGGAGCAUGAACGUACUGGUGGAGAUGUUCAAUGACAGCGACUACGUUUCAGCUGCCCCUCACAGUGCAGGUUUAAAUGUGUUCGACCUUGAAUCCAGACAGAACUAUGUUUUCACAAUCGUAUUCAACAGUACCAUGGUGCAUUCCGUGCCAGUUUUGAUGAAUAUUGUCAGCAACCUACUGCUGCGCACUCUGAACGUAAGCGAGAGCAUUCAGAUCUGGAGCAACCCCUUCAUCCAGGAUCUUCCAGACACUGUUUUCAAACUAGAGAUCUAUUUCGAAGCUGUGCUACUGGGAAUCAUUGUCACAGGCAUGCCACCCUAUUUUGCCAUGGAGAAUGCAGAAAACCAUAAGAUCAAAGCAUACACACAGCUGAAGAUAGCGGGGCUUUAUCCGUCUGCUUACUGGGUGGGCCAAGCUGUUGUUGACCUCCCGCUGUUCUUCUCCAUCCUCGUCCUGAUGAUAGGCAGCCUCUUUGCCUUCCACUAUGGCAUCUAUUUCUACGUCGGCAAGUUCAUGGCUGUGCUUUUUUGCCUGAUUGGCUACGUCCCGUCAGUUGUGCUGUUCACUUACGUGGUCUCCUUCACAUUUAAAAAAGUCCAAAAUACAAAAGAAUUUUGGUCAUUUAUAUUCUCAGUGGCAGCUUUGCUGUGUACGGUUGUCACCGAAGUGGCCUUUUUUCUGGAUUUUUACACAGUGACCACCACCCUGCAUUAUGUCUUCUCUAUCUUCAUUCCCAUCUAUUCCCUUAUCGGCUGUCUGAUCUGUUUUAUAAAGGUCUCAUGGACAGACAAACAGAAGAACGGAGAAUACCACGACCCAUGGGACAGGCUCCUGGUGGCAGUUAUAGCUCCCUAUUUGCAGUGUGUCGUGUGGCUCUUCCUGCUGCGAUGUUUUGAGGUGAAAAAUGGAGGGAGGACAAUUCGAGAGGAUCCAUUUUUCAGAAAAUGCUUCACAAAAGUCAAAACAUGGAAGCUGCCGGAUGCCCCACGCGAUGAGAACGAGGAUGAAGAUGUGAAGGCGGAGAGGCUGCGGGUGAAGGAAGCGCUGAGCAACCCCAAUGCUGAGGAGAUGCCAGCGAUCGUGGUCAGCAGCCUGCACAAGGAGUACGACGAGAGGAAGGAGUUCCGUCUGGGGAGGAGAAUAAAGAAAGUGGCAACAAAACACGUCUCUCUCUGCGUGAGGAAAGGAGAAAUACUGGGAUUAUUAGGACCCAACGGAGCUGGGAAGAGCACGUUAAUUAACAUGCUUGUUGGAGAGGUUGAGCCGACCAGCGGGCAGGUUCUGAUGGGAGAUUAUUCUUCCGGAGUGAACAGCGACGAUGACUCGGUUAAAUUUGUGGGGUACUGUCCUCAAACUAAUCCACUGUGGCCAGAUAUUACACUGCAGGAACAUUUUGAAAUUUAUGGUGCUAUCAAAGGAAUGAGUCAGACUGAUGUUAAGGAAGUUGUAAAACGCAUCUCAAGUGCCCUGGAUUUAAAAGACCACCUGCAGAAGACAACAAAGAAGCUGGGAGUCGGGCUGAAACGCAAGCUCUGCUUCGCCCUGAGCAUGCUGGGCAGCCCGCGGGUGACGCUGCUGGACGAGCCCUCCACUGGCAUGGACCCCAAAGCCAAGCAGCACAUGUGGCGGGCAAUUCGAGCAGCCUUUAAAAACAAGGAGCGAGCAGCUAUUCUGACCACACACUACAUGGAGGAGGCGGAUGCUGUGUGCGACCGCGUGGCCAUCCUGGUGGCUGGGCAGCUCAGGUGUAUAGGCACUGUUCAACACCUGAAGAGUAAAUUUGGCAGAGGAUACUUCUUGGAAAUGAAAUUAAAGGAAACACCUGACGUACAGCAGCUGGAGUACCUGCAGAGGCAGAUUCUGCACAUCUUCCCAAACGCAAAUCGUCAGGAAAGUUUUGCUUCUAUCUUGGCGUAUAAAAUUCCUAGAGAAGAUGUACAGUCGCUUUCACAUUGUUUUUCCAAGCUGGAAGAAGUAAAACACACGUUUAACAUCGAGGAGUACAGCUUUUCUCAGGCAACACUGGAACAGGUCUUUGUGGAGCUUGCUAGGGAGCAGGAGGAGGAGGACAGCAGCUUCGGCACCCUGAACAGCACACUGUGGUGGGAGAGGACGCAGGAGGACAGGGUCAUUUUCUGA